CUAAAAUCUCUCAGUCGAGCUCACCAUUGUGUCAACGUUGUACAAAAAACCGGCAAAAAAAUGAAAUUCAUAUACAUCGUCGGUAUAAUCAUACUUUUUGGAGAAACAGAGUGUUUUAUUGAAGACACUACGAGUUUCAAAAUCUUGGAGGAACAAAGGACACUCUUAAGAAAAUUGCAAAAUUUCCAAGACCCGAACCAUGAGAAACCUUUGACAUGGAACGAGAUCCUAGCCGACGUAUUAGUGAACAAAAUAAGAAUAUUUUCAUUCAACGAAAUAAACGAAAAUGAAAUAAAUGAGGAUUAUGACAGGAAUAUAAAGACGUCCAGCAUUAUAACGACUUGUUUCAGCCAAGUGAUGUUGUUCUACAAGAACUGUAUUUAUGAUAAAUUUAUGACUAAAGUCGUGAAGCCGGAGCCCUUUGAUUCUUCAACUACUGAAGAAGUUUAUACUAUCAUAAAUCCUGAUGAAAUUGAUCCGGAAGGUGACGUAGAGUUGAUUGAACCAAAGUAUCACGGAAAGCUAAGAGAUGAUGAGGCGAAUGAUGAAGAGGUUGCUAUCAAAGUGGAGUGUCCUGAAGGUGCAGUGAAGAAUAAGUUUGGGAACUGUGUGAAGGAACAUUCUAGACUGCUCAUCUCCAUCCCCAGCCAGUGCCCCCGCGGAUACAGACUAGACAGAUUAGGAAAUUGUAGAGUCGUGUUUUUUUAGACGAGACUUCCAUUUGUGACAGGAAACGUUGAUUUGUUUGUUUGCAGCUCAAAUGCUGUGUAUAUAGUAAGUAGGCGAAUUAAAUACUCUUUUUUUAUAAAAUGUAUAUAUUUGUUUGUGUAAGAUAAUGUCUUACCUUCGAUAAGCUAAUGUUUGUUGACGUGCUCAAGCUUGUUUACCAGGAUGUGAAAUUUGCGUCAGAAGUAAGAGUGUAAUUUGUUCUCACUGUAAGGUAUUACCAUUCUAUUUAUUAUGUUUAUGAAAUUAGUUGUAUAUGUUACAGUACAUGCAGUGGUGAUGACGAGUAACUAGCGUCUUUUCGUCAGAUAACUGAGUUUUAACCUUUAGUAGUUAUCUCGACGUCAAUCAUUUUGAUAUUAAACAAAUAGUCCUAUUUG